CUGUUAUAACUAUUUCCAAUUUUUGGGAGAGAUUGGCGCGUUACGCGAUUAUGGUGAAGAGUGAUUAUGAAUUGGUGGAAAUAGAUGAAGGAUGCAAGACACCAAGGCAUGAUAAAUAUAGGAUUAUGGUGAAUUCUAUGUGCCCGCCGCCAACGCCAAGGAAGAAAAGAAUUUAUGUGAAACAACAAAGUUCUCCACCUAAGGAAGGUUAUUUUCACCCUCCUGAUCUUGAGAUUUUAUUCGCUAUCGUCCCAAGGAGGGAGACUCGUGUUUAAAUAUUGUCUAUUGAAAAUAACCUUUCUAGGAUGAUAAUUUACUCUGUUUGUUUUUUUUAGAUGUAUCCAAGAUUUUGUACAAUGUAGAAUUGGUUUAGCACUCUGUGAGGGGGGGGGGGGGGAUUAUUGUUAUGUCUAAUUGUCUAUUAUUAUAUCUAUAGUGUGUUUUACUAAGCUUAUGUGAAGUUAAAAGUGUUUAUUUUAAACUGUUGAAGGUUUUACCUAAGAUUAUAAGAAAAAAUGUAUGUUUUUGUGAUAGCAAAAACUGUCAAAAGUUAGAAAAAAGAAGUUUUCCUUA